CACUGACGAGCGCUGGGGCUCAGGGGUUUGGAUUGGGGAAGGCGAGGGGGGUCAGUCAGAGGGUGGAGGUGGGACCAGGCAUGGAGCUCUGAGGCUGGGGGCGGGGAGGAUGCUGCACUCAGGAUGCUGCGUGGCCCUCAAGAGCCAUCUGGCCCUCACCCUCUACCCACAGCCCGAGGGAGGGUGA